AUGGUCUUCUCGGGGAAACCGUCGACGGGCUGCCAGAUGUGCCGAACACGACGGAUCAAGUGUGACGAGGCAAAGCCUGCAUGUAACCAAUGCAUCCGCACCAACCGCACUUGUCCAGGCUAUAAGAGCAAGAUUGACUUGCUCUUCCGGAACGAGACCGAGGCUAGUGCGGCCGAGAAACGAGCACGCACCACUGCCCGGAAAAAGGCAGCUGCCACCCUACGCAGUCGCCAGGCUGGGCGUGCCGCGCAUCAGACUCCGGACACGGCCAGCUUCGGCGGCUCCGUCACCUUGCCCGCGCAUACCGGCUCCGGUCACGCCAGGAGCACAGAUAGUGACAGCCCGGAUGACAGCCUCGCCAAGGCCUCACUUCGGUUCGUCGCAGCACAUGGCCGCAGGGGCAACAUGGCUAGCUACGGCAACGGCUUCGGAGCAAGCCAGAAUGGUAACAGUGCAGACAGCACGGGCAGCUACUCGUCCGGGAGCAGCCGUUAUUAUUAUGGGUCCAUCGUACCGGCUCUGCCAGUACCACCCGAUCAGCUGGCCGUCUGCCACUUCUACUCCAAUUUUGUGCUCGUUCCGUUCCAGGGUACCGGUCGAGGCUACAUGGACUUCCUCGUUCCUAUGAUGAAGGAUGCCGAGAGCCCGACAUCGUUGUAUGCAUCCAUUGGCACAAAGGAAGCGGCUGCCCUCAGCGGUGCCUCUGAUGUGGCCAGCCCCUCAACGCCAGGGACCGCAGCACCUGUAUCUUCUUCAAGCAAAGAAGCCCGCGCCGCCCUCUCAAUUGCAUUUCGCGCUUGUGCCCUUGCGUCCAUGGGCACACGCGUCGCCUCCAACGGCUUCGCAUUUGCCGACAAAGCACUGUCAGCCUAUACGCGAGCGUUGGCUGCCACUCACCUCGCACUGCGUGACCCGGCGCUCUCACGCGCAGAUAACACUCUUGGCGCAGUCUUAUUGCUCAGCUUAUUUGAGAGCAUCACCGCAAAGCACAUGGGCUUGUUCGCAUGGGGCUCCCAUAUUGAAGGUGCUGUUGAAAUCGUGAAAGCCCGGAACUUGGGUCAGCGUAAGACUCGGUCGGGUCUAUCCCUGUUCAUUGCUGUGCGUACGCAAAUGAUUAUUCAUUGUCUUGCCUCCGGCAAGGCGCCUGACAUGGAUGUUGACUGGUGGAUGGCCGAUGCUGUCGCCGACUCCGCCGCAGGCGCCUGCCAGCGGCUCAGUAUUCGAACCGCCGCUCUGCGAUCUCGGGCUGCUGAUCUCAUGGCUACGUCCUCUGACCGCUCUCCCGAAAAUGUUGCCCGCAUUAUGGCCCUCGCGCAAGAAGCAUACAGCCUCGAUCGUGACUGCGUUGCUUGGCAAGCCAAUGUCCCCGUCGAGUGGCGGUACCACACCGUUGCCUGGCAAGACAAGCUCCCCGAAGGCGGCGACUACGGGCGGGCCGAGGUGUUUCCAGGGAAGAUUGACGUCUACCGUGAUAUUUAUAUUGCCAGUGUAUGGAAUAUGGUUCGUGCCACCCGCCUGUGCCUGGCUUCGAUCGGCGUACGCUGUGCUGCUUGGGCCUGCGCCCCAGCAGAUUAUCGCACAACGUCCCAAUACGCCACUGCAGCACGCAUGUGCAGUGACAUCAUCACGGACAUAAUUGCAUCUGUGCCGUUUUAUCUAGGCUGGCAUAAAAGUCAGGACUUUUCUUCGUCGUCGGCUUCACCGGAUCGCAGGCACCACUCCAAAGACCCCCCCAGUGCUACCCAGUCGACCGACGGCAGUACGGAGGGAGAUUCUGAUAACGAGUACACCCCCUCCCUGGGCUUUGUCUGCGGUGACGAUUCCAGUCUCAAAGGCCUCGCUGGCUACUUUCUGGCCUGGCCGUUGACCAACAUUAACAGCCAGGACUACACGACGGACAACCAGCGCGCCUGGGUCAUUGGACGGCUGAAGCACAUUAGCAAUGAGCUUGGCGUGCGAUACGCAGGUUUCCUAGCCGAGCUCAGAUUCCGUGUCCCGUCAAUGUUGAUCCGCCGUGACCGGGUCAUGUCGCAACAUCAACAUCUCGAGUCACUGCACAACAUGCAGGCCUUCCUAUCGGCGACGUCGGGCGUAUCGCCACCCGGUGUAUCGAUGGCGUCUACAGGGUGGUCUCGAAUGCAGGUCGUUCGACACCGACACCCUCCACCACCAAGCAAGCAUUGA